GAAGAAGCGUCUCCCCGGGAGUGGGCCGAGGGCUGUGCGGACCGCCGGCCCCUCUGCGCCGAGCUGCGGUUUCUAUGGAAAUAAGCAUUCUGACAAACUGCUGAAGAGAGAGGAUAUUUUAAAGAACUGUUGAAGACGAAGGUUUUUAUUUUGUGUGUUUUUUAAUGGCUUUACAGAAUAUUAAAUAGAAUACAGUUUGACAUGACGGCAAAAAAUGUUGGUUUGACAUCCACAAAUGCAGAACUGAGGGGCUUUAUAGAUCAGAAUUUCAGUCCAACAAAAGGUAACAUUUCACUUGUUGCCUUUCCAGUUUCAAGCACCAACUCACCAACAAAGAUUUUGCCGAAAACUUUAGGGCCAAUAAAUGUGAAUGUUGGACCCCAAAUGAUUAUAAGCACACCACAGAGAAUUACCAAUCCAGGAAGUGUUCUGAUUGGGAGUCCAUAUACCCCUGCACCCGCAAUGGUCACUCAGACCCACAUAGCUGAGGCUGCUGGCUGGGUUCCCAGUAAAAGAAGCAAAAAAGGAGAUAAAAAUGGGAAAGGCUUGAGACAUUUUUCAAUGAAGGUGUGUGAGAAAGUUCAGCGGAAAGGCACAACAUCAUACAAUGAAGUAGCUGAUGAGCUGGUGUCCGAGUUUACCAAUUCAAGUAACCAUCUGGCCGCUGAUUCGCAGGCUUAUGAUCAGAAGAACAUUAGACGAAGAGUUUAUGAUGCUUUAAAUGUACUAAUGGCAAUGAACAUAAUUUCAAAGGAAAAAAAAGAAAUCAAGUGGAUCGGCCUGCCUACCAAUUCUGCUCAGGAAUGCCAAAGCCUGGAAAUAGAGAAGCAGAGGCGGAUAGAACGGAUAAAGCAGAAGCGGGCCCAGCUACAAGAACUUCUCCUUCAGCAAAUUGCUUUUAAAAACCUGGUACAGAGAAAUCGACAAAAUGAACAACAAAACCAGGGCCCUCCAGCUGUGAAUUCCACCAUUCAGCUUCCAUUUAUAAUCAUUAAUACAAGCAGGAAAACAGUCAUAGACUGCAGCAUCUCCAGUGACAAGUUUGAAUACCUUUUUAAUUUUGAUAAUACCUUUGAGAUCCAUGAUGACAUAGAGGUACUGAAGCGGAUGGGCAUGUCAUUUGGUCUGGAGUCAGGCAAAUGCUCUCUGGAGGAUCUGAAAAUCGCAAAAUCCCUGGUUCCAAAAGCUUUAGAAGGCUAUAUCACAGAUAUCUCUACAGGACCUUCUUGGUUAAAUCAGGGACUACUUUUGAACUCUACCCAAUCAGUUUCAAAUUUAGACCCAACCACUGGUGCCACUGUACCCCAAUCAAGUGUAAACCAGGGGUUGUGCUUGGAUGCUGAAGUGGCCUUAGCAACUGGGCAGCUCCCUGCCCCAAACAGUCACCAGUCCAGCAGUGCGGCCUCUCACUUCUCAGAGUCCCGAGGCGAGACCCCCUGCUCAUUCAACGAUGAAGAUGAGGAAGAUGAAGAGGAGGAUCCCUCCUCCCCAGAAUAAAGACAGGAGAGAACUCAUGUUUUAAUAUUUGAUGCUCAUGUGUGUCUUUAGUGUGAGCUCUUGUGUUUUGAAAUGAUUGCUUCAGUCUUUGCCUUUGUUUGCAUUUGUGUUUAGUGAAAACUAGAGAAACACAAUAAGCAAAUCACAUGAAGGCUGAGAUGAUUGAAAUGAAAGUUCCCAUAGUGUGGGUGAAAACCGAGCAGCAGAGCAGCAGGACAUGGCCGACAAAGCAUGCUUUCUGAGGAGGUGGAGGCACUGCUCUGAAGAGCAGCAGUGGGUGAAGUUCAUUUGUUUUCAGGGAGGUAGGGUUUAAAGACCCCCAGUGCGAGCAUUUAGACUUCAGGUGGCUGCAAGGAGUAGUCUGCAGUGGUGAUGGCUUCCCCCUUGCCUGGCUGGCUUUGGUAGGCAAAAGUGAACUUGAAAAUCACAGUAGGAGUCAGUGAGGGAUGUAGAUUGAGAUCCUUGUUGCCUGAGGAGAACUGCUGAGCUAAUCCAGGUCUAGCCGGCCACCUCAUGCAUCUGCUGCCUUAGCUUCUAGAAGGGAGCAAGUGCUAACUUUUAAGUACCUAGGUGACAUGUAGAAAAAUUUACAGUAAACUGAAGUGACCAUUUGUCAAUGCAUUGGUGCAUAGGAGUUACUAGGGCUACUUCUGGAAGCCAACAUAGAAUAGCAUCUCCAUGUGCAUUAAAAACUUCGCCAGCACUGCCUUUUGCCAGCAUUCUAAAUUUGGAGUUUUACUGAGAAGGAAACUUUUUAUAGUUUUAAUCAGAGCUAUGCAUUUCAUACAGCUUUUUAAUUUACAAUGAAACAAAGAAACGAAUUCCUUUGACCAAAUUGCUUAUCUAUAGUUGUCUGCAGUACUGUAUGAUUUUUACCCAUGUGCAAUUUGUAAAAAUGAACCAGAUGUCAUUACUUUUGUCUUUAUUUCAAGAAUAUGGCCAUUAUUGUUCUCUUACACAUAUUAUCUUUUCCAUAGUUUAAUUAUCAAAAUGACCUUAUCAGAUUUAUUCCUGGGUAAAUUGCAUUUCAAACUAAACUCAAUAUUCAGUGUUUUUGUUAAAACCUUGAGCACUCCAGUUGACUGCAUCCGUGCUAGCGUGGUAUAUCAUACAUGACCUUAAAGCCAAAGAUGCCAUGAAAAUAUUGCAGUAUGUCUGUGGCUUCUGCUUCUUCAAGUAGGGGAGCAUGGGACAUCCACUGCCAAGCCAAACUCAACUUUCUAAUACAUUAAGGCCUUGAAAGAGCAGAGAGUAGCUGGAGAAUCAAUCCUAAAACCAGCUGAAGUCACAGGUGUUUGUAUCUGGUCUCUGUGAGUCCUGCGCCAAGUUCAGUCCAAAAUGAUGCUCUUUUCAGUCCUGUGGGGGAAGUGUAGGCUCUAUCCCAUGAUGCCUUUCUGAGACUUGACCAUUAUGAGCUGAACAUAAAAGCUUUGGCUGGCUUAAAUUUGUUAUUGAGGCCAUUAACACUGAUAAGUAUGAGGUUUCUUCAAGAGGAAACUCAUUCUGUCAGAAGGGAACUGUAGUGCAAGCCCAGAGUGUCCUGGCAGGUUUCAAAGGGUUUUGUGUAGGCAUGAGUUCUGGAACACAUCUCAGGCUGUCAGAGCAAAGUGAUCCAGAAUGCAACAGGAACUACCUCCUGUAAUCACUACCAUGUCUUUCUUUGGGAACGUAGCAAGACCUGGAGAUUGGAGAUGUCAAGGGCUACGAGAUUCUUUUUUAGUCUUCAAAAUACCGAACUACUGGUCCUAAGAUGUUUCAGAACUUAAAGCAAAUGUGUGUUAUACCAGUCCCUUUUACCAGACUACAAAAUCUUUGCAAGAAUUUUCAAGGAACAAACAGCCUUUAUUUGCACCCCUGCUGCUAUAUGCUUUACAUUGCCCAAACUUGGGCUUUAAAUUGGCAGUCAUGUAGGGCAUGUUAUGUGGCUCUAAUCCCAGCUUUUGGGAAACAGACGCAGAAAGGUUAGAUCUUAAAAGUCAAUCUCAGCUACAUAGUGAGUCAAUAUGAGAGCUUAGUCAUAGUGAGCUUGGGCUAUAUGAGACUCUGUCCAGGGAGAAGGCUGGCAAGCUAACCAAAGACUCCAUCUUUGUGUGCCCCACCCCUGGGCAUUCUAGCUACCACUGUGUAGCUCUGUUCCUCUAUGAUACACUGCUAAGGACAUCUCAAUACUAGACUGAGCCAGGAGUGGUGGUAACACUUGUAAUCCUAGACAGGCAAAGGGGUCACCAGAGGCUUGAAGCCAGCCAGGGCCACAUGAGGAGAUCAGCCCAGUGCAUCCCAGUUCAUCCCCAGAAAAAGGGGGCAGGGAGGGAGGGACCUAAGUUGAGAUGUUGAAAAAGAUGAACCCUGAUCUUCUUUAUCGCUCCUAAACUAUGUUCACAUUGCUCUGUGUCCUGUUGUUACACUGAAUCAUAGUUUAACACAGGAAUCAAAAUGGAAGGGGGCGAGCAUAGCAUCUGGGUUUCUUUGUAGGAGGAACUUAGGUUCCCUGCACACUGCCACCCCCUACCCCAAAGGUUCCGGUCAUUCUACUUAACGAGGAGCUGAAGAGGUUUGUCCUCCCGAGGGUCAGUUUGUUAUUUCUCAAGUGUACAGCACCGAUGUUGGUCAGUUGUCACUCCUGAUGACAUGUGCAGCUACCCGCACACUCCAUGUGAAGAACAGUGGCAGCAGGCUACACUGAGGUGCUCAGCUCUCAGCACUUAGAGGCUUCCCGUCCGUGUCCCUGCUGGAACUCUAUUCUGUGUUUGUAUUUAUUGUGCCUUACACAGGAAGGAAGGGACCCAACUGAAUCCCUCCUCCCUCUAAACCGCCACCCAGAAAACAGGGGUGGCCAUUCGCUUUGCGUCUUUCUUAUUUGAUUCUUUUAAAAGAAGUGUGGGGAGGAAAACCUGACAUUUUUGUUGUUUUGCCAGAGUGAAUGACGAUAACUCCUCCUGUUAGCAAACCCUACACUUAGAGCAGUAGCAGUACUCUGCCAAUUUUAGAAGAUGAUUCCCAGAUCUGUCCUCAGAAAAUAUCCCUGUUGGGUAAUCCAGAUAAAGAAAUGGCUCACUGUAUCCCUGCAUAGAUUCCUAAUUAUGCUGUUUCUAAAUCUAAACUGAUUUCUUAAGUCAAGGAUAGUGAAUCUGUUCAAGUACAGUGUGACUUGUGCCCCAAGACAGUCUGAACAGAGUAUCGUGCACGUGUGACAGACAGACAGAUGACAGGAUGUAACCACACCUAGAGCAAGAAACCUGCUGUUUUAUAAGCUCCCUUCCCAACCAAAAUGGGUAGUCCUCAUUCAAAAAAACCUGUGACCCAGGCCUUAGAAUUUUGCUCCUUUAGUGAUAAGCAUGGCACAUGGCUUGUUUGGGGGGAGAAUGUUAAAAUACAGAACUUAGCUAGUUCAUUCCUGUAAGGCAGGCGAGGACUGUAGCAAGCCCAUGAAGUUCUCAGUGAGCCUCAUUCCCCUGAGCUGAAUCUACACCGAAGGCCCAAAAUCUGAGAUCACAUGACCUUUAAGCUGCUAAUACAUAAAGCGUGUGCAUUGAAUACAUGAAAGAUGGUCCUCAUGGUGUAUAUGAACUGUAUCUUUGGUGAAAUGCAGACUAGAUACCUAAGAACCAGCUUCCCAAUGGGGCUCCCUGUUUGUAUACACCUUGAGUAAUGUCUCUGGGCACACUAAUGUUCAUUCAUCCAUAGUUUUUGAAGACCAGUGCACAUGGCAAGAGUUUGCAGCACAUCACUUAAGUGAUCCUCAGAAAUGUUCCCUCCAGCUCACAAACUCAGUUUGCCCAUGCUCCGUUCACCUAAUGUGAAGAUUCUUCCUUCAAUUUUUUUCUUGUUCAUUUUAGUGCUAAAAGGCUUUUCUAAGUUAUAACAAGCCUUGGGAAAAAGUCUCUUACAUAUUAGCAUAAUACCUGAAAAGUUAGUUCAUUUGUAGGAUCCAGUUUUCCUACAUACAUCUUUGUUCACCAUAUGCUAAGGGAAAAAGUUUUUACAACAGAAAACUUUGGCAUUGUAUAUGUUUCCUGGGAGUCCUUGACAGGUACAGACACUGUGUGGUGGUAGCCAUUCCUUGGCAUCCCUUGGCCUCUGUAGGGGUGUGCUCAAAAGCCUCAUGGCCUGGCAUCCCUUGGCCUCUGUAGGGGUGUGCUCAAAAGCCCCAGCUUGCCAAAGCACCCCUUCACCAUGCUCCAUCCGGACAGCUCCAGUCUUGCCAACAAGUGCCAAAUAUCUGAGGAACCUAGGGCAUCUCCCAAGCCCCAUCAAGUAGUGUCAGCUUGGGGACUCUUGGGACUACUGGUGUAGGUGGUCCCAGUCACAAGAAACCUAGGGAGGGAGGCGUCAGACUACCAUCUGGGCCUCAGUGGCUUGUUUCCAACCAAAUUAUCUGGACUUCAGAAGCCAUCCCUAUGCUGUGCUUGACUUCAGACUCAGUGUCAUGUCUGAAUGCAAAAGCUCUGCUAGUUUCCCAUGUUCAGACUCUCAGGGUUGUUUUUUUUUUUUUUUUGGUUUUGGGGUUUUUUUUUUGUUUGUUUUUUUCUUCACACUGAAGUAUCUCCAUUGAUCCAGAUACAUCUCUACAGGUUGCUAUUCUGUUUUUCCCCAGUAGUACUAGGGCAGCAUCCUGAGAAAUGGGACCAGUUCUCCACCUGCUCCGAGUGCUCAGGACGCCUGGGCUCCCGUUUACCCUGCCACACUUAACCAGAAGGGAGAAGGUUAUUGGUCAGUCACCAGGUAGCUCCCUUCCCACUUGGAGACACUUUGCUCUGCUCAUGUGCUUCUGUCUCCAGAAAACUGUAACCUUGCUCUUUUUCUGCAUGAAACAUACUCUGGUGUCACAUGCUGAGUAGUUUAAAUGAGGUAAAGGAAAAUGCAAACCACAUCCUGCCUGCCUCUUAGAGUGUCCUCCCUCCAGUGAAGUACAUAGGCUAAUAUAUUAUUUUGUAGUAAGACUUUGCAUAAAUACUAUUAUUUUUGUAUGGAAUUUUUUAUAGAAGAGCUAUUUCUGUAUACUUAAUUAUUUGUGUUUUUUGAAAUGCCUUCCAGUAGGUUACCGACAAGUCUUAAGCAGUGUUCCACUAAGGGUAGCUCAGGGACCACCUGCCCAGAGUAGACAGGGAAUUUCAAGUUUUUACUCCCUGUACCCACUCCAGACAGAAAGAAGCUCAGGGUGUGUCUAGGAAGCAUUAGUUUUAAUAAGCUCUGAGUGAUUUUUUUUCAUCAACCCACACAUUUUUGUCCAUGCUGUAAGAGAAGAAAACAUCUGAAAUGAGUAUGUUGAGCUUGAGAAAAGUUGUGUCAUAUAUUCUGUGAUUUGAGAUACAUAAAAAAAUAAAUAAUUUAAAA